AUGCCAAAAAGUGUCGCAGAAUUGCAGGGCCAGCUCUUCAAGAGCCUUGGCCUAGGAGAUGCGUGCGCCGGAAACAAGGCUGGUCGCGGCCAGUCUUCCAACCGAAAGGAUCAGCGCAAGGCACAGAGAAUUCAGAAGAAGACCAACCGGUACUCCAGAGUUGCUCCAACGAAGUCGCAAGUCACCAAUACUCAAGGAAAGAAUGGGCCCGCACCCAAAUCUCGCCAGCAAAGAGUAGCGGCGGACAGCGAAGAGUCGCUUGGAGAAGACGAUGAUGAGGACAUUGAUGACAUUGCUGAUCCUUUCGAGGAAAGCGAUGAGAUCCUGGACCAAUCCGCUGAGGAUGAUACGGCAAGCAAGCACGGCAACAAAAUGUCUUCGGCGAUGAAGGAGAAACUCGCUAAGGACGACGCUGAAAUUGAAGGAUUUGAGCGAAAGCUUGGCAUCAAGAAAGGUCGCAAGUCUUUACCGCAGUCGUUCAAGGAGGACGGCCUGGAGGAGCUCAUGGCAGACUUGGCAGAUGAUUCCGAUGGGGACGAUGCUGAAGUCUCCGUGAACGGGGACGAGGACAGCAGCAAGAGGAAACGUGAAUUUGACGAUUGGCUUGCUGCAAAGCGACGAAAAACAGCGCCGAAAGCUGUACCUAAGGGUGGGAGGGAAGAGGAUGAAGGGGACUCAGAUGACGAGCUCAACGGCCAUGAUGACCUCACUGAUCUUGACGGUGAGGAGGGCUCUGAUUUGUUCGACGAAGAGGACGAGGACCAAUUCGAUGAAGAGGGUUCAUUUGGUGGAUUUGGAUCAAGCGAAGAUGAAGCACCGGCUGCUGCUCAACGACCACGCGAAAAUCCGUACGUCCCUCCAACACAGGGCAAUGUGGUAGCAAAGUAUGUGCCGCCAUCUUUACGCAAGACGAGGAACACACAUGACGAGAAGAGAGAGCGACUACGCAAACAAGCCCAGGGCUUGGUCAACCGGCUGACUGAUGCGAACAUCAUCUCCAUCGUGAAAGGCGUGGAUGAUUUGUAUGGCAACAAUGCACGAGGAGAGGUCACCGAGGUCUUGACAGACCAUAUUCUGGCCCAGGUUUGCAAGCCCGAGGCGCUGCCAGACCAGUUCUUUGUCCUCACAGGUGGAUUCUGUGCGGCUGUAUACAAGAUCGUCGGCUCCAGCUUCGGAUCCCACCUGGUGAGGCGUGUGGUUCAAGACUUUGGGCAGGAAUACGACCGAGCAAGCGCUGUGCAGGGCGAGGAUGCCGCGAUUCCCAAGGAGCCCUCGAACCUGAUCACCUUUCUCUCACAGCUCUACGUGUUCGAAGUCGUGCGCUGCAAGAUCAUAUUCGACUACAUGGAGCGGCUUUUGCUGGACUUGAACGAGAUCAACGUGGAGUUGCUGCUGCGAAUCUGCCGCAAUGGUGGCCGGUUGCUGCGCAGAGACGACCCCCAGGCACUGAAGCGCGUGGCCGAUGUCCUGGGAAAGUCGGUGGCAAAGGCUGAGACGGGCAGCGUCACCGUGCGGACCAAGUUCAUGGUGGACACUAUCAACGACCUGAAGAACAAGAAAUCCAAGGGCAAGGGGCUGGAUUCGAGCAUUGUCUCGGAGCAGGUCAUCAGCAUGAAGAAGCAUCUGGGUGAAUUAAAAUCUCAGUCCCGACGUUUGGACGGAUUGACCCCGAUGGGUAUGGAUCUUGACGAUGUCAUCAGCGCCGACACCAAGGGCAAAUGGUGGCUCGUCGGUGCCAGCGUACCGCCAAAGGAGUCUGAGUCCAACAAAUCGGAGACCAAAUCCAAGAAGGGGCGGAAGCAUGUGUCAGAAGAAGUUUAUGAUGAUGCCAAUGGAGAUGAGGAGGAUAUGGAUUUCGUGCUUCCUGAUUACCCCAAAAAGGCGCGGUCUCAGGGGUUGGGUUCACCAGCUCAAAUUGCCAUCUUCACGGCGCUGAUGACUGCCAUGGACUGCCAAAGGGGGUACCAACAUUACGUCAAUCUCGGACUCAAAAGAGAAGAGAAACGGGAAGUUGCCAGGGUUCUUGUGCAGUGCGUCGGCAGCGAAGCGGAGUACAACGCGUACUAUGCAGGGAUAGGCGAGCUCUGCUGCCGCGACACAAAGCUUCGAUUUGCUUUCCAGGCACGACUCUGGCAGAUCUUCCGCGCCAUGGGAGAGUCACUGUUCGGAGAGGAGGCCGAGGACAUGGACACGGCUGACAGCACACGAUUCCAGGAUGAGCCGCGCGUCCAGAAAGUGGCUCAGUUCUACGCCUCGCUGAUUGCGAGUGGCUCCCUCAGCCUCGCGAUUUUGAAACCGCUCAACAUGGCUGAGAUGGAGCUCUGGACAUCAUUCUUUGUCGAGUGCCUUAUCAUCAGCCUCCUCCAGGAGUGUAAGUCCAAGAGGACGGAGAGGGAGGAUAUCAAGGUGGAGAAGGCGUUCGGCGCGGCGAGGGACUUGCCUCAACUCGCCGCAGGAUUAGAAUGGUUCAUGAGAAAGAAGCUACGCAAGACCAAGGCUCUGAGCUCCAAGAGUCUGCUCGAGUUGGACCAGGUGAAGGCAAAGGCUAUGGCAGCCGUGCAAAGCCGAGGUGUGCUGGAGGAAUAA